CCUCAGGUCGGGCCUGACGCCUCCACGCUCUCUGCAGGCCGGCCAACCACCAUUGAUUUCCUUCGUGUAUAACAACUAUGGCUAAAUUUGACAAUGUUCUUAAGAGAAGCGGCGUGGUAAUUAGUUGUGAGUAACAGGACUGAAAGUGUGAGAAUAAUUAUGCAAAGUCACGCAGUAAUCUUAGCCGAUUAACUACACUUUGUUAUUUCUCCAUCUGUUGGAGAUGAGAACAUUGAAAUAUUUAGAAAUUGUCAUGGCUUAAUAAACAAAAUGAUUAAUUAUACAAUUUAAAAAAAAUUAAAUAAACUUUUUAAAUGAAAUUAAAAACUUUAAGAAAUACUUAGCAAAUCCUAAAAAAAUUGUGGAUUCGGCUAUAUAACGUAUAUUUUUUUAUGUAAGUAACACAAAGUUCACAAAAAGUGUAAAGUGCCUCACAGAACAGUAGAGGCCCAUCGGCGAGGAGCUCGAAGUCGGACGGAGGCGGACACGAACUCACAAUCUUCACCAAGAACAAUCCAUCACAACAUUUAGUAGUUAAUUGUGGUACGUUCUUUAGCACCACCUGCACUGUCGACAGCCAUUCAGUUCCUUGCCUUGAUGCAGAACUGAAGAAUCGAUUUUAAAAAGGCAGGCGGAGCGUUGUUGGUUAAGUGGAGGAAAGUCAAAGGAAUUCUCAGAAUGAAAAGACAAGGUAGAUGGGCAAGAAAGAGUUCGAGGCGGAAGAGGCUAGCGUAAACAGCUUUCAGCGAAAUCUCAGCGUAGAAAAGGCCCUCAACCGGAACAACAGGAGCGCUGCGGAAAGUGAUGGCGGCCAUCCAUCAGGAAGUAAGGGCGGCCAUCCAUCAAGUAGUGAUGACAGCCAUCCAACAGGAAGUGAUCACAGCCGUCCAACAGGAAGUGAUGGCGGCCGUCCAACAGGAAGUGAUGGCGGCCAUCAAAUAGGAAGUAAUGGCGGCCAUCCACCAGGAAGUGACGGCAGCCAUCCACCAGCAAGUGAUGGCAGUCAUCCACCAGCAAGUGAUGGCAGUCAUCCACCAGCAAGUGAUGGCAGUCAUCCACCAGCAAGUGAUGGCAGCCAUCUACCAGGGAGUAAUGGCAGCCAUCCAACUGAAAGUAAUGGCAGCCAUCCAACUGAAAGUAAUGGCAGCCAUCCAACUGGAAGUAAUGGCGGCCAUCCACCAGCAAGUGAUGGCAACCAUUUAAUAAGAAGUAAUGGCGACCGUCCAUUAGAAAGGGAGGAUGGCCGUUCAUCAGGAAGUGAUAAAAGCCAUCCAUUUUUCAUAGAAGUGAAGGAGAGUGAACGGGGCGUCCGCUGUGACCGCAAAUCCAACGCGUUCAAAGAUCAGGCAAAGCAUUUCUUUCGCCCAUGGGCAGCAGCGUCCGAGCCAGGGCUGCAGAAGGCAAAAACGUCGCGUCCCAAAGGGCGCGGGUUCUCCUUGUGUAAUUUCCGUUGGUCAGGCCGGGAAGAUAAGGAAAGGAACUUACGUAAGGUCGAUGUUCUGCCACUAGACAAGGCAUCAACCCUCACUGGUAUUGAAAAAAAUGAGAACUGCAUGACCCACUUAACCAACUUCACACUUUUCCAGGCAAUCAACAACCCCACCAUCAGGAGCCACGAGCCCACGGCCAGCCUCCGAGCGCUAAGUACGGCACCUCAGCUGCUGUCUCAAGACCUGGACGCUGAACACGGCCUUCAGGACCUCUCACCCAUCUAUUGCAUCCUCAACAACCGGGAUAAGGGUGUUGGGAACUUUAACUCCGUCUCCUACGAAAUCAAGGACCUCAGUGUGCCCAGCGAACACCAUAAAUCCCGCCAGGAUCAUCUGUCGCGUCCUGGCACACAGGAGAAGAUUAUUAAGCAUCACUGGUUACGUCCACUCACACAGCACAGACGAUAUCCUGAAGAUAGCAAAACCAUCUUCGUCGCGACCACACGUCUCCCCAACAUCCUCCCGCCAUUAGCAGUAAAUGAGAACACGAAAGCUGUCGCCUUCGAUGUUCUCAGUCUGGACCUUGAAUCCUGGAUGUCCCACCUGCCGUCGCCACUAAAGGACAUCCCAAUCAACCACCUCUUUAUACCAGGUUCCCACGACUCCUUCAGCUACAGCUUGACGGAGGGCGAGGAAGUAGGUCCCGACGCCCCGGGCCUCAUCUCGCAGUUAGACUCGUGCAUGCCGUGUGUGGCUCGCCCCGCCAUCCUCCGCUGGUGCGUCACUCAGCGGGCCUCCGUCACCGACCAGCUCAGACACGGCAUCAGGUACUUCGACAUACGUGUGGCGGUGCGGAGGUCCAGGUUCUACUUCGUGCACGGCCUCUUCGGCGAUGACCUGGAGCCCAUACUGUCUGAGAUCCGGCACUUCCUGGUGAGACACCCGGGUGAAGUAGUGCUCCUCGACUUCCAGCACUUUCACGGGUUGAGCGCCAGCGACCACACGUCCCUCGUCGCCUUCGUCGAGCAGGUCUUCAGCGACCUCCUGUGCCCGUACUUCCACAGGGUGCACCACCUCUCCCUCUCCUACCUCUCUCACUCCAAGUACCAGGUGCUGGUGUUCUACCGUCACUCGGAGACGAUGCAGGCGGUGUCGUGGCUGUGGUCGAGCGCCUCUCUCCCCAACCCCUGGCCGGAAGCCACCACCGUCUCCAGGAUGCUCACCUUCCUCGAGGCCAAGCUUCAGGAGAGGGACCCCGCCAGCUUCUUCGUCACCCAGUGUGUACUGACGCCGUCAUUGGCUUACGUCGCGAGGAACGUGUUCGCCAGGCUGGAGAGAGCGAUGGUUGCUCCCACCAACAGAGUAAUACCAGACUGGCUGGAGAAGUUGUCAAAUGAACCCCCUGGCGCGAAUAUCAUCAUGGCGGACUUCGUUGAGCACGACAACUGGGCCGUUCCAAGAGCUAUCGUUAGAAAGAACUCUUCUUCCCUCCUCCGUGACUCGCACAACAAAUACUGAGCAGACUGGCGUAGCCCUCAGAAGAAACAUUGUCUAGCAAAAAAAAAUAUUUACGACUGGCAACUGGGUUGCAACUGAGUACUUUAUUCCCUGUUGUACACAAUCUACAUGCUAGCUUUAAAGUACACAAUAGAGAAUGUUGGUUCUUAGUUUUUAAGAGCAGAGGAAUCGCAUUUAUAUCUUCCCUGGACGUUAGUCCCAGUAAGAUCCCUCAUUCUCCGUCAUGUCUUAGGUUCAUCAACCGUGGAUUUCGGGUCCUUUAUACCGCAAUAUAUUUUUUUACCCUUCAUACUGUUAUCAACAUUCUUCAACUCCUUCAUACUGUUAUACGUUAUGCUGAUGUAUGUCUGAGUUCUAUCAAAUGGCUAAAGCUGAAACAAGCGUCACUUGAGCUCACCAGUAUGAAUAAAAACACAGACUCGGUGUGACGAUCUGUUCCACUCGUCGGCAACCAUUUAUGCUCAAGAAGAUGCGGCGUAACAUUCUCUUAGACAGUGAAACAAGUGAUACAAAUUUGUGAAUUGUUUUGCGUCAAAAGAAAGGACGUGUAAGGCCCUCCAAGCUGGCGCAGAAAGCCUGGGGUCUCCCUGCUGUGGUAAACAAGUUUCCUUUCAUCCUCGAGACUCAUCAUACCUCAUCGUUAGAUACAGACGAACAAGACGUGUAUCCGAACUAUAUGUUAAUUUGACAGGAAUACAAUGAAUACAUGAACUCAAGAAGAAAAUGAUCUGUAAACUAAUAAAAAUAAACUGAAAUGGAUUCAGGAAACCUUUGAUUCAACAGAUAUUAGUUAGAGAUGACACAAUGACGGGCAGACGAUGAAACAAUGAUGUAACAGAGCUUGUACACUAGAAACACUGGUCAUAUACCUCAAGGUAAACGAAACAUCUGGCUACAUACGUGACGUACAUGUUGUAACAUAUGUUUGCUAAAUGUAUACCUACGAGACGAUUAUCAGUAUUGUCACUAACUGUAAUAGUAUGCAUGUAGUUACAUUGGUGUUCAUCCAGUGACAAGUGUAAAAAUCACUGGUCAGUGGCACAAAGGUACCAACAUGGAGAAAGAAAAAGGAAUUAAAUGAGCUUUUGUAUAUUUUGGUCUCUAUUGAGACCCUCUUCUUUACAGAGACAGACAUGUACAGAACUAAUUCAGGUUCAAAAGAAUUCAGGUUCUUACUCCAUGACGGCUCCUUUGUUUCGUUAAUGUUCAUGUUUGCUGAUCUUUCCAUUCGUCUGUCUUAUCCUCUCGUGUUGUCCUUGCGUGUCUCUCUCCACCAGUGUCUCCUACAGAGGAACUCCUCCCUCCCCACUACGGCCACUCACGGCUCUCUCGCCUGCCGGACCACCAUCUUGAUGCACACUAUUUCCUGUGCCAAGACGUAACCCAAGUACCAUCGCGGUUACGUUAACAAUAUCCAUCAUCAGUUGUUGCCCAGAAUUAUAUUAGUGUUACCAAAUUAAACGGUGCACCAAUAUGUUCAUUAAUAUAGAGAAACAUGUUAAAAUAUUUUACUUUGCAAAAACUGAUGAAGAAAUUGUGAGUGUCGAAAGCAGAUGGCAUAUUAAUGUAAUUUUCUUGGCAAGAGCAGAUUAUAUCUUAUUUCACAAGGAAAAAUAAAUAUAUCUUAUUUGACGAGGUCGGAUUAUAGUUAACUUGCUUGACCGGUAGUUUUAUGCAAUUAGGCAGUUAUCUUUAAGAGUGUCAACUGCGUGCUGUUUUAUGUUUUAUUCUAGUUUGUUUAAACUUUAAGCUUUGAUAAGAAUUUUUUAUUUUUUUAGGGAGGGGGACGGUUUUGAAAAUGAAUUUAUUUCCAAGAUUUGUGUGUGUGGCUGUUAGUGCAACUCUUCUCACUUUGCCUGUUUAACAUCAGUGUUUAAGUAUUUACAACAAACUCCUUUCCUUAUAUGCUCGUAUUAUAACCAAUGAUCAUGUUUACAUACGUGCAUGGUCGUAUGUGUGUUUUCUAAGCGCUAUAAUGCUUUAUAAAUGUUUCCUCAGAAUGUGUACCUUUGUGUCCUCGUCUUGUCAUAGUGCCUUAAGACUCUGUAUAGCCUGUGAUGCCAACCAUGCUAAGUUGACACUUUUUCACCCGUUUCCAGCUCAUUUAAUCACAUUUGACCGUUGCCUUAAGACACUAAUUAGUGGUGUGACGCUCAUGUGUGCAGGUGACACAAGGUUAACAUGGCCGCCUCCAGCCCGGUGUUCGUAUGCACUCCCAGUUACAGGCGCCACUGUAUAAAAUAUAUCUGGGAUAAGUCAGUUCUCGAGAAGAAUUAAUUUCCAUAAUAAUUAGUUUUUCUUAGACUUCCACCACAUAAAAUAUAAACUUGGGUUUAUUAUAUCGUUACCGAGGUGGUAAUUGUAGAGGUAAAUGGAUCGUCCGCUGUCAAUACGUGGUGCGGUAAUCCUGUAGGGGAGUUAUUUAUUUUAUUUAUUUAUUUACGUAUAUACAAGAAGGUACAAUGGGAUUGUGAGGAUACAUAGGAUAGUAAUUACAAUCUUGUAAAGCCACUAGUACGCGCAGCGUUUCGGACAGUAAAUCCCGGGCAGUUAUCCCGCCUCCUCGGUACCGGCAGCACUCGCAUCAAUUUAAGCAUUUUCCUAAUAACAAUGUAUUGCCAAAAGAGAGUAUAUGGAUCAAAUUAACUUUUUUUUAUUCAGUAAUUAUGGUAAGGGAACCGAGAUCUAGAGGCGGUCAAAUGACUACUUUUUGUUGUAUUUAUUAUUAGUUUUGAAGCUCCGACUGUGAUAUCCAAUACCCCGCGCAGACCUUAAACCCUUUGUUGGUUUCCUGGCGUGGUUUCACUUGUAAAUACAGUGCAAUCAAGACAAAUAUACGUACAUAUAUACUACGUGAUGAGUAUUGUCUAGCCAUUUGACUCAAGAUUAGUUCACACGAAAAUUACUAAUUAUUCGUGUUUCUUGUGCAAGUAUCUUUGUGUGAUUAACUUUUGAACGCGUGGUUUUUCUCCAGACUAGAACCAAACAGCAAAUAGUAACAUCUAGCGGUUAAUAUUAAAAAAUUUAAGGCAUUGGUUGCGUUCGUGCCUACGCCAUACUAGAAGGCAGAUUGGAAUGAAUGAAUAAUUUCAAUAAUAUUAUAGACACGUUAAUAGUCUACCCAGCCUAACACAACAUCAGCCACGUCCUCAGUGUGAGAUGUUAUUUGCUGACGACAUCCCAUCGAUUCCAUCUUUUUUGUACUAAGACCCCAGAUCCUGUGCUCUGUGGGAAGCAAGAUAGCAGCUUUUAGCGAGUUAAGCUCGACAACUGGACGCAGUAUGAAUUACAAGCGAAUUUUAUACGAAGUUGAUAGCAAAUCGAGAUUUGCAAAGUCUAAUUGUGAUUUUCUGUUAUGUUAAUAUAACUUAAUAUAAUUCAGUGUUAUUAGAUAAGUCUUAAUGUUACUUGGAUAAAGACAAUUUAAUCUUAUCAUAAUCAGAUAAAAACUAUUUUUCCUCAAGCCCAAGUCUUUUAAGUUACUUUCAUUGUUUGCGUUACAAGCAUAGAGUUUCAUUGUGCUGUGUGCUCUACAAUCCUUUAUUGCCACCUAUAUUUAUUUUAUUUCCCAUAAAUUUAAUUUGCAUUAUCAAUUCUAACUUUAUCUAACCUAUUCAGUGGAAGUGUCAAAAAUCUGUAACGAGCAUUUUGUGUUACGUGAAUAUUUUAAAUGUGAUAAAUGUGUUCUGGGCUUCACCAAGAGACAUAACUUCUGUUAAAACUAUGGUAGCUAUAAGAGUUGAUCAUUUCUUUCCACUACCGCCCACGGUAUGGGUAUGGGGUGCAUAAUAAAUGAAUGAAACAAACUUUCCUCCCUAUAUAUUAGGUGUAAAAUCUGAUUAUGGUUAUGAUUUAUCUGUACAAAUACUUGUAUAUUUUGUUCUUACCAAUGUACAAUUUAAAUCCAAAUGCUUGUGCCAUGUUAUUAUUUCUUGCUGUUGAUCACAUCCUGAAGAGUGUAUUAUGGAUAGCUACUUAUUCUCGUUUAUCGAUAUUUGAUAGAAUAUAAUAAAUUAUAAUGUUA